AUGAAAUUUCAAGUGAAAGUGGAGUAUGGGAGAGAGAAAUUUGUAAAGUUUUACGUUGAAGCAGACGUUGUCGAUGGAAAGGUACUAAGGUAUUCAUUCUCCUCGCUUGUAGAAGACAUCCGACGGACCUGCGGUAGCUUGCGAUAUCACACGUCAAGCACUUUGCGGAUACGAUACAAGGACGAAGAUGGCGAUUUUGUCAACCUCAACGAGGACGACGCAGAUAAUUUUCAAGAGAUGUUUGUUCGUGCCAGUUCAGUAGAUGAAGGGCUAUAUCGUACGGUGGCUCGUAGGGACAAAACACUUCCCAGAAUCCAAAACACUUCCUAGAAUCCAAAAACACGUCCCAGAAUCCAAAACACCUCCCAGAAUCCAAAAACACGUCCCAGAAUCCAAAACACUUCCCAGAAUCCAAAAACACGUCCCAGACUCCAAAAACACUUCCCAGAAUCCAAAAACACAUCCCAGAAUCCAAAAACACUUCCCAGAAUCCAAAACACGUCCCAGAAUCCAAAAACACGUCCCAGAAUCCAAAACACUUCCCAGAAUCCAAAAACACGUCCCAGAAUCCAAAACACUUCCCAGAAUCCAAAAACACGUCCCAGAAUCCAAAACACGUCCCAGAAUCUAAAGCACAUCCCAGAAUCCAAAACACUUCCCAGAAUCCGAACACACUUCCCAAAAUCCAAAGCACGUCCCAGAAUCUAAAUACCAGAAAUACACUUUAUAUAGUUCAUCGUUCAUAGCACGUAUUCAGGGGGACUUUUCUUUGGGUUAAUUUCGUCGGGUAAAACCUUUAGAAAAUGUGCCAAGCAUUUCUAAAAUCAGAAUCCAAAAGCAUUUCCCAGAAUCCAAAACACUUCCCAGAAUCCAAAAACACGUCCCAGAAUCCAAAACACUUUCCAGAAUCCAAAAACACGUCCCAGAAUCCAAAACACGUCCCAGAAUCCAAAACACGUCCCAGAAUCCAAAACACUUCCCAGAAUCCGAACACACUUCCCAAAAUCCAAAGCACGUCCCAGAAUCUAGAUACCAGAAAUACACUUUAUAUAGUUCAUCGUUCAUAGCACGUAUUCAGGGAGGGCUUUUCUUUGGGUUAAUUUCGUCGGGUAUAACCUUUAGAAAAUGUGCCAAGCAUUUCUAUAAUCAUGCAGGUAAGCCACUUUUUCCGAAACUUUGUUACCGCCUCCGUUUUCAUUUUUUUACUUUAUAUUAAUUCAAUAACCUUGCAACUUCUCAGUCAGUCACUUGAAUUGUUCAUUCUGUAGCAAGUUUUGUCGUCAAAAAAUUGUCGCACUUACCGUGGUUGUUUCUCCUUUCAGUGUACCCUUGUUUUUUUUGUAUGCAAGAAGAGGAACUCUUGGGUGUUAGACAACCGAAUGGUGCUUGUCUGAAGGACAAGUGCAUAGGAACCUUUUUCUCUUACUUUGAAAUAACUGGAAACGACUUUACACGAAAGAAACUUUUAUUGUUUACUGAUUCCUCUGGGUCGAAAGCCUAAAAAGUAAAAUGUUACGUGGCUGCACAUUAGACCUUGUAACGUUUUUCGACGCCAUCUUGACGAGUAGGCAAACGCGUAAGAAAUUACAGUAUUUGUAUGAGAAUCAAAUGUCGAAUAAUUUCCGUAGAACGGCUGUUCUGAAAAAAAUAUGAUUUGUAAACUGAAGCUUCACUCCCAAGUAUUCUAUACUGGAAAAAAUUGAGAGCGUUACAUGCUCUGGAAGACCUAGAACCACUUUUUUAAAUUUUCUAUACAUUUGUCUGUAAGAAAGUCCCAGGAAAAUUACAGACAAGUGUAUGGAAACUCUAAUGUAAACUAAUGCAAGCCUCUGGAGAAAUUUAGGCACAGGUACGCCUCCAAAAUGUUUUAGGAUAAUCCUUUGCUUUGUAGCUUUAGUUUACAAUUGACAUUUUUUUCAGAACAGCCGUUUUACGUAAAUUAUUCGACAUUAGAUUCUCAUACAAACACUGUAAUUUCUCACGCGUUUGCCUACUCGUCAAAAUGGGCUCGAAAACCGUGACAAGGUCUAUUGUGCAGCCACAUAACACUUUUUAGGCUUUCGACCCAGAGGAAUCAGUAAACGAUAAAAGUUUCUUCUGCGUAAAGUCUUUUCCAGUUAUUUCAACGUAAGAGAAAAAGGUUCCUAUGCACUUGUCCUUCAGACAAGCACUAUAUUACAUUCGGUUGUCCAAAACCCAAGAGUUCCUCUUCUUGCAUGCAAAAAAAACAAGGGUACACUGAAAGGAGAAACAACCACGGUAAGUGCGACAAUUUUUUGACGACAAAACUUGCUACAGAAUUAACAAUUCAAGUGACUGACUGAGAAGUUGCAAGGUUAUUGAAUUAAUAUAAAGUAAAAAAAUGAAAACGGAGGCGGUAACAAAGUUUCGGAAAAAGUGGCUUACCUGCAUGAUUAUAGAAAUGCUUGGCACAUUUUCUAAAGGUUAUACCCGACGAAAUUAACCCAAAGAAAAGCCCUCCCUGAAUACGUGCUAUGAACGAUGAACUAUAUAAAGUGUAUUUCUGGUAUUUAGAUUCUGGGACGUGCUUUGGAUUUUGGGAAGUGUGUUCGGAUUCUGGGACGUGUUUUGGAUUCUGGGAAGUGUUUUGGAUUCUGGGACGCGUUUUUGGAUUCUUGGACGUGUUUUUGGAUUCUGGGACGUGUUUUUGGAUUCUUGGACGUGUUUUUGGAUUCUGGGACGUGUUUUUGGAUUAUGGGAAGUGUUUUGGAUUCUGGGACGUGUUUUUGGAUUCUGGGAAGUGUUUUGGAUUCUGGGAAGUGUUUUGGAUUCUGGGAAAUGUUUUUGGAUUCUGGAAAGUGUUUUGGAUUCUGGGAAGUGUUGUGGAUUCUGGGACGUGUUUUUGGAUUCUGGAACGUGUUUUGGAGUCUGGGACGUGUUUUUGGAUUCUGGGAAGUGUUUUGGAUUCUGGGAAGUGUUUUGGAUUCUGGGAAAUGUUUUUGGAUUCUGGAAAGUGUUUUGGAUUCUGGGAAGUGUUGUGGAUUCUGGGACGUGUUUUUGGAUUCUGGAACGUGUUUUGGAGUCUGGGACGUGUUUUUGGAUUCUGGGAAGUGUUUUGGAUUCUGGGGGGUGUUUUAGAUUCUGGGACGUGUUUUUGGAUUGUGGGAAGUGUUUUGGAUUCUGGGACGUGUUUUUAGAUUCUGCGAUGUGUUUUGGAUUCUGGGAGGUGUUUUGGAUUCUGGGACGUGUUUUUGGAUUCUGGGAGGUGUUUUGGAUUCUGGAACGUGUUUUGGAUUCUGGGAAGUGUUUUGGAUUCUGGGAAGUGUUUUGUCCCUACGAGCCACCGUAAUAUCGGAAAGUACUUCUGAGAGUCAGUGAGCUAGAUUCACCUGUAGUUCAACCAACGGUCCAGGCAAAAAGAAGAAAGCUUGAACAAGAAAUGUCUACUCCAGCGCAGGAAACUGAGCACAUUCCUCGGUCACUUGAGAGCAGCUUUGCGAAUGCCGCAAAUCCCGAGCGAUCACCACUCGACUACGUAAAAGCGGAAUUGGCCGAAAACGUGCAGUUAAAAAAAGUUUUAUUAUCGAGUGCGAAAGAGGAGUUGGUCAAGGCAACCGCCCAAAAUGAAGCGCUCACUCCUCUCUCAGCCAUACGAUCAAGGAUCUGUGGAAAUUGUCACGAAUCUGGUCAUACAAAACCGAAAUGUGUUUCACCUCCCUGUCCUUCUCAUGACGCUUGUGGUUUGAGGGACAAGCACCCUGAGCUGAAACUUAAGAUAUCAGAGCUGCAAAAAGAAAUUAAACGAUUACAGCAAGAACACUGCGAUGCAGAAUCAAAGCUGAAGGCGUUUUGCGAGUCCCGCGUGAAGGCAUCAACUUCAUUUUUUGCAGUAAUAAUGCGUCCCAGACUUAAAGUGCGUAAUUUAAUCAAGUACAGUGACCGUGUUUCCUUAGACCGAGAUCUUCUUAUGCUUGAAAAAGCAUUGAAUGGAAAGAUUCCUGAAUUUGAUGCGAGCGAGAAUUGGCGGUUGCCAAUUCUGAUUGAACAGUAUCGAAAUAGAACGGUGAGGGUA